AUGAGCCAGUCCGAAACCACUUAUAUGGCUACAGACACCAAGGCAGCUGCUCUUGUGCCCUCCUACCUCGCGUGCCCGCCGCAGAACAACCCUCUGCCUAUUUGGCCACUUCCCAUCGCCAGGCUCUACCGCCAUUUGGAGCGUCUUCGCCAGGAUCGAAAUCUCGCUGCUGUGCUCAUUGUGGCAGGCGAGCUGCAAGUCCGUUCACAAGCCUAUGGAGGCAACUGACUGAGUUUCCGACCAUUGGACCAUCUUCACACCUCUCCAAAAAGACGUUUUCUUCUUAGCCUUUCUUCCUGAACUCCGAUUUAGGACAAGAACGAGCCAAAUAAGUGGAUGGCCGAUCCUUACAGACAGAAUAUUUGCUAUAUUGGCGCAUUUUCAGUAUUUUAUCUUGGAAAGCGGUCUUUUCAGUUGACCGGUAUUUUAACAGAUAAAACGAAAUCACUCUAAUCCCUGAAGGGGCUACAUUUAGACUUUUUGACCAAUACACUGAUAUGUAACAAAGCAAACUGCUUAUAGUUUUAUUUGCGUGGAAAAGCAGCACAGGAUUGUAUACUCUACACACAUAAAUGAAUAAAACUUUUUUCAUCUAAGAAAUCAGUGACUAUCGCGUACAUUCAGUGAAUCUCUGUUCCAACCUGAAACAAGAAGCUAUUGUCAAUGUGGCCAAACGAUAUGGCUACAAUGUGCUUGCGCUCGCGCAAAAUCUGGAUGACAUGGCAGUCAGGUAGGCAACAUCUUUUGCCAAAACCACAACGUCCGCCAUCAGGGUAUUGUGGUGGAAUUUUUCGAGUUUUACGUCUUUUAAGUUGGCUACGAUUAAGACUGAAGUUUAUUAUUCACGGGCAUAUUUUCUCACCCAAUAUAUUUAGAGUGUAUCGAGGGGUGUCGAAUGGGAAUAAAGACCCGAUUAGGAAUGCUCAUUGGCUUGCACACGUUCAACUGCCUUUGGUCUUCAUGGUUUAACAAUUUCCACCUGGUUGCAAAAUAGCAGGUGUCUUCUUCACUUUUUACUCGAAGCACCUAAUGUAAUGACUGCAGUACCGGACUUCAUUUACUCCUGUAUGUACUAGUCCAACUCCUGAUCUCGCGUCAUCAGGAUUUAGGUGUUAUGACGACAUACGCAGAAAAGACCAGAGUCUUAAUGUGUGUAGAAAGGGACUGGACCCUUAGAAGGGUGGUUUGACCUCCAGUGUUUAGCAUCAGAAUCAUGUAUUUACGGCACCAGUUUUUACAAUCAAACCCUUGAUCAACGCCAUUUUUCUGCGUGGUGGCUACUUUGCUCGUUUAAGUAGUUGGAAUUUCCAACUCAUAGUGUGAUCUGAUGAAUCUGUCUGGUCAAACCUCAUGAGAGAUUUCGGUUCCGACAGCGAAAGCACUACACACAAUUGAUUAUCAUGUCACAGACGUCUCCUGCUUUGUGCGCCCUCGAGCUGCUGUGUAAAUGACGACGGAUUUCGUCCAGACGUAGCCCUAAGUCUCUUCGUCCCAUGGGUAACUCCUUCUGAGGACUAAUUUAAGCCGACACUACUGCACCUAAAAGUGAACCGGUCAUUCAAACUUUUCAGACGUUUGUGCGAUGUGCUCGUGAUGACGUGCGUUGGAACUAGACCGCAGACCACUUGUAUACACGUGAUUUAGGAGGUCUAUGGAGUGACGAAACUGUAAAUGCAAGGUUCCCGCAUAGCGUGCCAUUGCCUGUUGUUGUAGAUAGCAACUACCCAUACCGCCGCCUCAAUCGUCAGACAUUUAGUUUUUGCGUAAUAGCAAGUAUUGCGUCUCCUGCACUUCAAAACUUGAGCCCAAACGGCAGUUAGAGUAUGCUAGUUGCUUAAAAAAGGUAACCAUUCAGAGCAGACCACCUGAGGGGGGUACAUCAAAACGAUCAGGCGCAGUCAAUCACUUAUUCACAAUGGCUUUGUCAAACCUCCACCCUUUUCCUUGCCCACAGUGGGCGCAUUCUUACGCUUGUAAACAGCGAUACCUAACGCCCGCCCAUUAUCUCAGCAAGCCCUUCUUAAGGAUAGGUAGGCAGACACAACGAAAUGCUAGUACUUUGUACCUUAACCGGAGAUCUUUUGCAGUCAAGUCAGUACACCGUGAUCAAUGUUCACGAUCACAUUAAAGGAGCUUGCCAGCUGUCUGUCACGGUCUGGGAAGGCAGUUUCGGCGCAGAAUGUCAUUUGGUUUUCGGAGAACAAAUUUGGACGAUACAAUUUACAAAAUUAUCUCAUGCGUGACAUAUUUUUCACGUUUCCAGACCAUACCGCAGAUGAUGUCAGACUUCGUCCAGAUGUGCCCAUUGGCUUCUGCUAACUAGGGGCCAAACUCACCUCAGAAUUCGCUACGAAAUGACUUGCACACACGACCUAACAACAACCGCUAAUUGCCAACAGAGGCAAACAGACGAGUCCCCUUCUUCCGGGAUCGUCGCACGUGGUGUGCUAAUUUUUUGAUGGCCGACCUUCGCCUCGUUAAUUGCUGCAAAUUCAUCACGUGCGUUGGAUGCUGGUGUCAUCACAAUUAACACCAAAAUCACACCUACAUCCAACACACGUGAUGAAAUUGCAGCAAUUAACGACGUGAAUGUCGGCCAUCAAAAAAUUAGCACACCACGUGCGACGAUCCCGGAUGAAGGGGGGAACCGUGAAUUUUCAUAGGUAUGCGGUAGCAUGGCGACUGCAUCCUAUGAAUAAUGCAGUCCCCUGUGCAUGAACCACUCGUAUCUGCUGUUGUCUCUGAUGAUGGGUUCGGACAGGAAUCCGAAACGUCAGGCUAAUAAAGCUCCUGUCCCAGCGAUCGUGUCGCCUCCGUUAAAACAGCCGCUAAUCCAUACUGGGGCUCUAAAGAGUCUCACAGUUUCGAUACCCCUACCCCAGACACAGCGAACCGCAACCUCAACCCCUAACACCUCUACGUUGGCGCGCUGACCUCUGCCCCCAUGCGAGAUUAACGACCUCUAAGUCCACUGUCUGAAGUCCCAUUGAAUCGUCACCCACGCUACCUCCCAACACAGGGAGCUGUAACAGUUUCCCUUCCCCUCCCCUGCCCUAGAUCCUAGCUUAAUUAUGUGCCUACCCCUUUCAUACACUAGUUGCUUGCCUGUCAGUGACUGUCCUGUCGUGCCAACCAAUUUAGUCCGACAAUUUCACUGCCACCUGUUUGUUUCGCCUGACGACGGGUUGGUAUCACCAGCUCGAAACUUCACGAGUACAACUCGAUUUUUUCCGAGGAACCUUCUAUCUUCAUAAUUUUAUCUCGGAAUGCACACUACCUCAGCUAUGCAUACAUAUUUAUAUAUAUAUAUAGGAGAUGGAGCCGACAAAGACAAGGGAGACCGAAAUGGCCAUUUCUGGCUUAUUAGCCGUCAUCAGCCAGUCAUACCCAACCCCAAGUGUGGUCACUUGAGAUUCGAUGAUGACUGAUGAUUGGCUGAUGACGGCUAAUAAGCCAGAAAUGGCCAUUCCGGUCUCCCUUGUCUUUGUCGGCUCCAUCUCAUCUAUGUCUAUUACUAGUCGCCGUGCGACUGCCUGCGAGGGUUCUAGUAUGAGCCCUGAGGCACAACGGAACGAGCAUGUUCCGUAACCUGAUCGGCGAGCGCCCACUGUCAUAAUAUAUAUAUAUAUAUAUAUAUAUAUAUAUAUAAUGGUAGGGGGCGCUCACCGAUCGUUCCUACGGAACCUACUCGUUCCUUUGUGCCUUAAGGGCUCUCUCUCUCGAGCCCAACCAGCAGCCGCACAGCGACGCAUGAUAUAUAGGCAGAAUGGUAUUACCGACAAAGACAAGGGAGACUGGAAUGGCCAUUUCUGGCUUAUUAGCCGUCGUCAGCCAGCCAUACCCAAGCCCGAAGUGUGGAACACCCGAGCCUCCACACUUCGGGCUUGAGUAUGGCUGGCUGACGACGGCUAAUAAGCCAGAAAUGGCCAUUCCAGUCUCCCUUGUCUUUGUCGAUAAUACCAUUCUGCCUAUAUAUCAUGCGCCGCUGUGCGGCUGCUGGUUGGGCUCGAGAGAGAGAGCCCUUAAGGCACAACGGAACGAGUGGGUUCCGUAGGAACGAUCGGUGAGCGCCCCGUCCCAUUAUAUAUUCCCGAUCGAAAACCGACAAGGCAACGAGCUCGUGGCCCGGUGGGUAGAGGCGUGGACUUCUAAACCAACAGGUCGCGAGUUCGAGGCUCGGGUGUUCCACACUUCGGGCUUGGGUAUGGCUGACUGACGACGGCUAAUAAGCCAGAAAUGGCCAUUCCAGUCUCCCUUGUCUUUGUCGGUAAUACCAUUCUGCCUAUAUAUAUAUAUAUAUAUAUAUAUAUAUAUAUAUAUAUAUAUUGAUAUGGGUAAAGAUUCGAGGUCCAGAUAUUGUAUCGCGUUCAUCAUCCCCCGAAGAAGACGAAGAAGAAGAUAGGGCGAAUUCAUGGACCGAGUUAUAUUUGUACUGACGUUUCGGAAACCCUCUCGUUUCCAUCAUCAGAGUAAUGCGUUGACUGUUCCUGCCGAUCUUGAUUGCGUCAGCCUUGAUACCUGCCUGGUAUUAUAUCCGUGCGCGAGGCACGAAAUUUGACCUGCCCGUUCGCCGCCGAUUAGCGUUGACCUCUCCACGAUUGACCGCCGGUCGGCUCCUGCCACUAAUGACCCCUUUUCGGCCGUCGUAAUUGUUGGUGAGCCAGCAUGUUUGUCGGCCUCCCCCUCGUCAGUCAACGGACUGAUCAGUUGUUGGGGCUCAUGUAAGUUGAUCUCAGGCCGAGUGCAUGACCUCAAGGAACUCUCGGCCUUUCUUGAAGGGACAGGUACCGACAAUCCGUGUUCUGUUCCAAGUAAGCGUAUGCCCCGUGUCCAGGAUAUGCAUGGCUACUUGAGACAGGUGUUCUCGCCAUGCAUACCCUGGACACGGGACAUACGUUUGCUUGGAACAGAACACGGAUUGUCGGUACCUGUCCCUUCAAGAAAGUCCGAGAGUUCCUUGAGGUCAUGCACUCGGAUGAAUCGUGCAUCAACCGUCAUAUCGAGUUGGACGCCGCGUACAAAAAUCUCAAGGAGAAAUGGAAGAGACGAGAGCCAAUCGGGAAGGAUUGACGCAAAUAGCGGCCGCUCACGAGCGCAAACGCGAACGAUUAUCGAUUUUUGUGUGCGCGGUCAGAUGUUAACUGUUGCCGGCACAUUUACUCUCAGUCUGCGUCUGACGACGACCUGGGGAACAGGCGUCGAAAAUUCACGCAAUAAAAUACCUUUUCCCAAAGAACGCCUCUGCCUUCAACAUAUAUUUAUGUCAAUAUGCGUGAAGAUUCGGGGUCCAGAUAUAUUACCGUGUUUAUCAUCCCCCGAGGAAGACGAAGAAGAGAAGGCGAUUUCAUGGACCAGAUUGUAUUCAAACUGGCGUUUCGGAAACAAUCUCGUUUCCAUCAUCAGAGUCGGUCGCUGGCGUUUCCUGCUGGCCUUGAUUUGCUCAACCUUGCCGCCUGCCUCGUAUUAUAACCGUGCCCAGCGCACGCACGUUGGUUAGCCUGAUUUCUGUUGGCUGAUUGUGGCCUCUCUGGCAUGAUAUGCUGUAGACCACCGCUGAUUGGUCUGUCACCGGCAGCGGGUCUUUGGGCCUCAUUAUCUGCUGUCUGAUUGAAGAUGCUGGUUUAUGGGCCACACCGAUUCCAAAAGGUUUCAGAACUCUUGAAGUCGUCUCUGAAAAAUUCUUCACAUAGGGGAUCGAGAGCCAGAACGACGAUCGAUCAGCCCGCCGUCUGACGAGGGGGAGGCCAACUAGCACGCCGGCGCGGCGGCAACCACGUCAGGCGUGAGGGAGACACAAGGCACGCCAGUCCGCCAAUGGCUGGAAUCAGAGAGGCCACAAUCAGCCAACAGAAAUCAGGCUAACCAACGUGUGUGCGCUGGGCACGGUUAUAAUACGAGGCAGGCGGCAAGGUUGAGCAAAUCAAGGCCAGCAGGAAACGCCAGCGACCGACUCUGAUGAUGGAAACGAGAUUGUUUCCGAAACGCCAGUUUGAAUACAAUCUGGUCCAUGAAAUCGCCUUCUCUUCUUCGUCUUCCUCGGGGGAUGAUAAACACGAUAUAUAUGUUCCUUGGGGAUAACUAGCGCACUUCUCCCCUCUACCCUUCAUAUUGUGAGUUUCGUUAUGGUAACCAUAAGCGAAUCUAGCUAGUUUUUUCUUUAAAGCAGGUAAGUCAGUAUGAAAACUGAAUUACAAUAAAAGAACUGAGAUGAUAUCUACUGAAACCUUAGUAGUAAGAGAAAAGCACAAGCACUUAAUUUACAGGGGAAAGUACACAGUUGGAUCAAUAACUUCGAUUUUAUUAUAUAGUUUUUUUCACAUGCACUAUGUGUGGCCCACUCAUGAAGAUUCAUGUUGACUAAUUCACAACGAUAGCAACCUCGACGAGGGUGCAACUUGUGACUAAAUAAAGUGCAGACAGGUGAUGCGGCCAAAAGACCCGGUCCCUAAACAGGAGAUGUCGGCUGUUGUCUACCGACUUCAGCGCAGCUGCGGAAUGUGCAACUACGUUGGGGAAACCGGCCGACGGCUGCAAACGUGCAUGCACGAGCAUAAGUUGGCCGUGCGAAGGUUGGACCCAAAGUCGGAGAUAGCAACCCAUGCCGCCCAAAUAGGACACGUCUUCAACUUUGACGCCGUUGAAAUUGUGGGCCGAGGUGAUGAUCAUACGGCAAGGCAGGAGCCUGAAGCCUGGAUGUCUACCGACUGUUCUGUCAACCGCCACAUCAAUAUACCUCGCCCCUAUCUGGUUUUACGUACAUUCUUGACGGGGGGCAGUCACGGCGCAGGACAAUCGGGGCCGUCAAUUAUGGCCGCGGCCGACGAAGACGGGCGGGAUUCAGGUCACGGUGACAUGCGGGUCGGAUGCAGCCACACAGGCGGCAUUGGCUGGCCGGGCCUCAAACAAAGUGCGCCAUAUAAGGAAGGCUGUGUGCAUGACUUCUCAGUCUCUGAAGAUGGGUAGAAGAAACGACUACCCAAAACGUCAGACCUCAAAUACACCUCUCCCGGUGAACGCCUCCUUUUCUUUUGAUAUGCCACCCGGGAAUUGCAUUUUCACCACUAUUAGUGCAGAGUAUACCGUGAGUUUCGUAUGUUCACACCAACACUUAUAUGUGCACAGAAUAAUAUUCUCAUUUUUGUUAUUUUAGUUUUCUAUCAUCCGUUUUUCACAAUGGCACUAUUCAGACGCUGGAAGCAAAUGUCGAAAUAAAGUGCGUAGUCAGACUGGUUUGUCAAUUGGUUUAAUUACCUCUGUCACAGGUCUUUGACUUCUAUAAUUUGAAUGCAUCCAGAAGUUAGACUGAAAUAUGACCGACCCGCCCUCAGAAAUAAACCUCCAGACAUGACAGUAGCUCUUGAACGCGACAAUCCCAGCACAACCCCAACGUCACUGUUGGAUACCAUUCAUGAUGCCUGUGAGGACCGUACCAGUAGAAGUAAACCCCAAUAAUACCAUCCCAUGUUGACGUGCACACUUCUAAGCUGGGCAUUUAUUGCCAAACCAAAAGUCAUUCAAGUGGUGAACAGUGUCCGUACAUCUAGACGUCAUUAUGGAUUACUAUUAUGCCAUAUCAGUAAAAGCAAAUCUUCUCCAUGUUGCCGUACAAAGGGUCUGUUUUCUUUUUCUGCUGCUUCAUGACAUACUUUGUUAUCGAGCAUAUAAGUGAAGUGAACGUGCUUUCAAAAAUAUCCUUUUCGAGGUAGAUGGUCGAACCUCGACUGAGUCAUCGCAGUCCAACAAAUAAAUUAUGGUGGACGCUCUGUUGAAAAUAUAAUUUCCGAGGUCUGUAACCAAAUACAAUCGUCAAUACAACGAAAGUAUGCAGCGGCCAUUAAAACAUAGAUUUCAGGGGGGCGGAUAAGUUUCAGUCAUGCCACUGCAAAUUUCAACCAUUACCCAUUUUAACCCAGUUAAAAACAUCUUUGGUAGAUACAGACCGCCGCUGAAUUCAAGUCGUUGUAAUUACGUCAAUUAUCGUCCAGAAUCAUUCGCAUAAAUAUUACAUAAAGAUGCCUUAACAUUUCCCUAUCCAAUUUGCAUACGUAUUUUAAAGUUUAUUAUGCAGGCGCAUUUUAAUAUUUAUUGCAUCAUGUCGGCAAUUAGUUAUUCCUUCGCUAUUCAUUCUGUGCAUGAAUAUAAAAAAUCCAUGCAUGAUUCUGGUAAUCAUGCAUGGUAAGCAGCGACAAGCAACUACCAAUUAGCGGUCGCCAGAUUUCCCGACAUUGGCAAACUUGAAGUAAUUUUAUCUGGCUUUUGGAGGUUUGAAGACUCAUUAACUGCUUUUGCUGAAGGGCUAUGUUUAAUUAGAUAGCCGUAGUCACCCGUCAGAAUACAAAAUGAAAACGGUAUUUGUUUAACCGGAUUUUCUUCUAUUUUAGAGACAUAGAUCUUCGGCUAAUAAGACCUCUCGUAUUUUGCCGAGAAAAGAUGGUUAUGGAUUUCGUUAAGAAUGUAAGUGUUUUCUUUGGCAUAUAA